GAUAGGAUUAAAGGGGCAAGACUAAGGGACACGUGACGUCCGCUAAGCGACGAACCUCGAUCAAAGGGCUUUGACCCAUUGAACUGUAUACCCUAUAAAAGGGGUGAGACCCCUCAUUGUUAGGGGGGGGGGGGGAAUUCUAAGUGAAUAAACUCUUACUUUGCUUUCUCUCUCUAAAACUUAUAUUAUGUAAUAUAUUUGGUGGUUUAUAGUCAUCAAAUUGGUGCUUUCAUUGAGAGAAGAGAAACAUACUCGUAGGUUAACUCUCGGAAGCGAGAAUGGUGCAGACAAGGAGCAACAUCCCCACCACCAGCCACGUCGUACGCGAGGAGAACGUGCCGGGCAACGGCAACGGAAAAGGAGAGAUCACCUCGGCUCCGGACACGGUCCAGGUGCUGUUCGGUUUGGGAGUGACCGCGGAGCAACUCCAAGGUGCCGUCGCGGCCCUCUCCGCCAUGGGCGGGAGCAGACCUGGCACUGGAGCUACCCAGGCUCCGCACAGUCCCAAUACCGAGCACGCUGCCACUUCCCAACACAAGGGGAAGAAGAUCUGGAGGAGCAGGAGGAGGCCCGGCAAGGCUCCGGUGAUUGAGGAGGUGCUGGUGGAGGACGUCCCGGGCAGGGAUGACGACGAGUCCAGCGAGUGUCGAGUAUCGGCCUUCAAACGCCUGGGGGCGAGGAGAUUUGAGUGUCAGCUUUCGACAGGCUCAACCGCGGACCAGAAGGCCGCCCAGGUGACCUCCGCCGACAGAUAUCCGAGGGCAGGCGGAGGCAUGCCGAGGAGUCAGCAACCUCGGACACAUGCUCGGCGAGGCCUGAGCGCAGCGAAGGUCGACGCGACGAGCGGACUCAGCGUCGCCAGAGUCCAACGAGAACCGAGGAAGGUCCGCAUACUCGCGCUCGGCUCUGUCCUCCGCAAGAGGGUGGACGAGCGUAGGCCAUACCCGGAUGUUCUUCCCGGAUGAAGGUCAACACUCGCGCUCGGCUCUGUCCUCCGAAAGAGGGUGGACGAGCGUAGGUCAUACCCGGAUGUUCUUCCCGGAUGAAGGUCAACCCUCGCGCUCGGCUUUGUCCUCCGCAAAAGGGUGGACGAGCGUAGGGCAUACCCGGAUAUUUUUCCUGGAUAAAAGUUAAGUGCCGAU